GUAGGUAUUCAGUCCAUCCAUCGACGACAUCAUCAUAUCAGCAUUCUAGAAACAAAUCUCAGUUAGUUCGUAACAACGUUAAUCAUCAUGCGUUUGUUCGCACUCUCGAUCUUCCUCUCCCUUCCUUGUUUGAUUUGUUCCAGCCAAUUCAUCGUUGAUGGAACUGUUUUGGAGCUCACUGAUUCCAAUUUCGACGAAGCCAUCUCCUCCUUCGAUUACAUCUUCGUCGAUUUCUAUGCCCCCUGGUGCGGUCACUGCAAACGUCUCUCUCCCGAGUUAGAUAAGGCUGCUCCCGUUCUUGCAAAACUCAAGAAACCCAUCUUAAUAGCAAAAGUAAAUGCUGACAAAUAUUCUCGACUUGCCACUAAAUAUGAUAUUGAUGGGUUUCCAUCGCUGAAGAUAUUUAUGAAAGGAGUUCCUACAAAUUAUUAUGGCUCAAGGGAAGCUGAUUUACUUGUUCGAUUCUUGAAGAAGUUUGUGGCUCCUGAUGUUGCGAUUCUCAGUUCUGAUACCAAUAUUAGGGAAUUUGUUGAAGAUGCUGGUUUUAACAUUCCUAUAUUUAUUGGUUAUGGUUUAAAUGAAUCAGUGAUAACAAAUAUGGCAGUCAAAUAUAAGAAAAAAGCUUGGUUUUCUGUGGCUAAAGGUUUCUCAGAGGAAGUCAUGGUGUUGCAUGACUUUGAUAAGGUUCCUUCUUUAAUAUCUCUGCAUCCUACCUAUGAUGAAAGAAGCGUUUUUUAUGGCCCUUUUGAAGAACCAUUCUUGGAGGAUUUUGUAAGGCAGAAUAUGUUCCCUGUUGUUGUUCCCAUAAAUGGCGAGACACUAAAGCAGUUGAAAGAUGAUGAGAGAAAAAUUGUCCUAACAAUUAUGGAUGAUACAAAAGAGGAGAAAUCCAAACGACUAACGGAAACCCUCAAGGCAGCUGCUUCUGCCAACCGGGACUUCAUCUUUGGUUAUGUAGGAGUCAAACAGUAUCAUGAAUUUGCUCAGUCUUUUGAAGUUACCAAGAACACUAAAUUGCCAAAGAUGGUUGUGUGGGAUGGAAAUGAGGUUUAUUUCUCAGUUGUAGGUUCAGAAAGCAUUGAUGAAGAUGACGAACGAUCUCAAGUCUCACGGUUUCUUGAAGGAUACAGUGAAGGAAAUGUAACAAAGAAACAGAUUAGCGGGCCAUCAUUUAUCAUGAGUAACAUGAGCUGGGUGGUUGGAAUUGCAAUAGUUUACAUUUUUGGUUCUGCAGUUUUGAUUAUCAUGCUUAUUAAAACCAUCAAGAAAGAGGAUCAGGCUCUUAAAGAUGGAACCACACGUGAACAAGCAGACCAUCUUAUGAGAAACACUACUAAUUCCGAGGAGGAAAUUCGAAGCAAUGAAAUCCCUUCUCGAUCUGGAGAGAAGGAAGAUUAACCUGCCUUUGUGGGUGGCCUGUUUUGGGAACUGACUCAUUUACUAGAGAGAACUACAUAGAAACCUAAUCUUAAUUCCUAUUUUUUAUUUCUUUGAUUGAAUGUUUUGAGGGAUUACAAGAACUUCUAUUUAAUUUAUUCUAGUGUUUAUUAUCUCUGAUUUCUU